AUGAGACCCAGUUCUCAUUCAACAGGAUGUUUUGCACUUUUCUUGCUGAUUUGGGCAUAUCUGGCCAUUGCCCAAUCCAGCUCUUCUGUGUCUGCUACGGGUUCACUGGAACAAAAAAGCAGUUAUACAAAAUCAGCUAAUUUGAGCAUGUCAAAAGCAGAAUUAGGAACAUCAGACUCUAGUUUGUUAUCAUCUACAACAUUAGCAGCGACUUCUAAGGACCCUGAAGAUUCAGGGUCCAAGGCAUUAACCCAUACAUUUAAAGCAACAGUCUCAGAUUCGCAUUAUUCUUCUUCUUCUUCUUCUUCUUCUUCUUCUUCUUCUUCUUCUUAUUCUACAAAGACUGCAAGCGAAAGUGAAGUUGUCGCAGCUGCUGCUGCCGCUGCUGUUGCUGAAUCACUUAAAAAGAACACUUUUAAAAACUCCAAACUAAAAUCUUUUGAAGAAUGGAGGAAGGAGAACCUGGAAAAGUCCGGACAAAAAGAUUAUUAUGAUGACAAUAAAGAGGGGGGUAACUCAGGAUCAUCCAACAACCGGAAACCAAAAUCAUCUAAAUCCAAAACUAAAUCCUCGAAAUCUUCUUCUGGUGGGGCUGGAAGAGGAACAAACAGCGAUAUGGGAAUGAUUGAUGAACUCGAGAUUGACGUUAAUAUAUUUGGUGGAGAAGAUGAAGAUGGUGUGGAAUCCGUUAGCAUAGACAAGCAAUACAAGGACCGAUUUAAUUAUGCCUCAUUUGACUGUGCCGCAACCAUUUUAAAAACCAAUAAGGAAGCGAAAGGUGCAUCCAACAUUUUGGGAGAAAACAAGGACAGUUAUAUGCUCAACAAGUGCUCUGCUCCUAAAAAGUUUGUUAUUGUUGAGCUUUGCCAGGAUAUUUUGGUUGAUACCGUUGCAAUUGGUACAUAUGAAUUUUUCUCGUCCAUGUUUCGCCACAUUCGCAUCUCUGUGGCAGACCGGUACCCCGUGCCGGAACAUGAUUGGAAGGUACUUGGAGAGUUUGAGGGGAAAAGCGUGAGAGACAUGCAGUAUUUCCACAUUAAAAAUCCAUUAAUUUGGGCGCGGUAUAUCCGGGUUGAGUUUUUGACACAUUGGGGCCACGAGUAUUACUGCCCCGUUACGGUGCUAAGAGUUUACGGAACUACAAUGAUGGAAGAGUACAAAAAGGCUGGGCAGUCUGGAUCUUCAGGGAAGAAGAUUGCUGUAGCGGGUGGUUCUAAUACAGUUGCCAGUACUAUUUCAGAAAAGCUUUUACAAGAGACUUUUAAAAGUGCACUGUCUUCAUCAGAUGAGGCUUCGGUUGAUGUUUCAGAGCCUCAUUCUAUGCAUAUUGAGGAAGUGUCGACCAAGGAGUCGAUUGAUUUUAAUGAUACUCUAGAUAUUGAGGUGCACACGGAUGGAAAUCAAACGCAUGAUAACCAUGAAAAAGAUACCAAUGAGCAUGUGCAAGAUUUGAGCACGCAGUCGCCUGACACACCCAUGACGGCAGGUUCCGAAGAAAAGGAUACAAGCAAGGUGACUGAGGAUGUUCAAGUUAUUUCUGAGACCGAGCUUGUUAUACCGGUGGAAACGGUUGACGAGAGCCUGGAACAAGUACAGGUUAUUGACAAAGAUUUAAAAGAGCUGGAUUGUUUAUAUAUGGAGGCAGUUGGUAAUGGUGUCAAUGGAUGUGUUUGCAAUCCUCGCUCUAAAGAGCAGAGUGAGGCUUUAAUGGGUUUAAUGAAUGAGUAUAGCAUAUGUGAUGCUGGUGAUGAACCAGUACUUAAGAAAUACCAAAAUUUCACUAACACGCAAAGUCAUACACAAAAUUAUGAAGAUGAUGACGAGGAUGAUGAAUAUGACGAAGAUGAUGAUGAGUUUGAUGACGACGAGUAUGAGACGCCAGCAGCUACCCAGGAGUCAGUUUUCCAGACCAUUAUGAAACGUAUUUCGCUGCUAGAGUCGAAUGCAACGCUUUCAAUGAAGUACAUUGAGGCUCAAACACAAAGUCUUUUAGAGCAAGUUGUGAUUUUAAAUGCUGAGCACGAUGCGCGAGUCAAACACUACAUUUCGACGGUGAAUGAUAGCUUGACGCGCCAGCGCCAUGCGCUUGACGAAUUUCGCGGGAACGUUGUAUCAGUGGUUGUCUCUGCGCUAAAUGAGCAGCGUGAAGAGCGCCUAGCAGCUGAGCAACUUGUGAGCGAGCAACUGGUGUUACUUGCUAACGACCUUCGGCAUCAAAAACAAAUGGCGAUACUGCAAGGUGUGGUCUUGUUGGUGGUGCUUAUGUUUGUAAUUGUAACGCGUGGGGCAUCAAUCGAUGGGGCUGCAGCUACUGGUGCAUUACCCUUAGGAGCAAGACGUGGAAUGGGUGGUUUGCGGAACAGCCAUGGGUCUCUUGAAGUGAAUAUAGCAAGAGGAGGAGAAAUUCCACUACACCGUCAGACACUUAGGGUGAGGCGCAGUAUGCGGAGAAAAUCAAUAAGUGCGCCUGCAGAGCUUGGCGAUAGUAAGGAUCGACAUGGCCAGGAUAUUUUGGCAGUAGGGGGGUCCUUAUCGCAGUCUCAGUCUCAAGGGUUUGAAGGCCCGGACCAGGGGUAUUCUGAGUAUGGGGACAGUGAAGAGGAUGUUGAUUCGAGUAGUAUGGGCAGUCAGUCUGAGAUUGAAAGUAGUGGGGAUAAUAUGUUGGUACUUGGGCACAACACAGAAGAUGACGAUAAUGACUAUAGUUACACCAACAACGACAUUGAGAGCUGGCGCAAGAAAAUGUCUAAACAAGCAUCAGGUGGUCGGUGGGUUGUAUCGCCGUCAUCACCGUCAUCACCUCAGGAACUUGAUUCAGAAGAAGACGAGCUAGGACAUGAGACUGUGGGGUUGCCCCAUAAUACUAGCGAGGAUCAAGUUUUAAGCAGUACAAGUACUGGUGCCACUAGUAAGAGUAGCAAUGAAGAUGGGGCUAUUGAUGAUAGUGAAUUGGAACAUAAAAAAGGAAAAGAUCAUGGAGCUGCGGUGCUUGCAGGGAUGAUUCAAAGCCCCCUGGAACCCGUGGAGUUGUCAGUGUCUCCACAUAAUGUUUCCGAUGAAAGCACCCCAGGAGGGCUUGAGACUAUUCAGGAGCACAGCGUGUCGGGACAAGAGCAUGAGGUUAGGAAUAUGUACGGGACUUUAGUUCAAGAGCAAGUAAAGUGA